AACUCCUCCCUCCCCCCAAAACGAGAGAUUCAAUCCAGGACGCACGUAGGAUCCCAAGCACAGUUGGGGUCCCCCUACUUUACUGCAGCACCUGGACGACUCAGGCAGGUUAUUGUCUGGGGAACACCUUCCAGGACCAACAUAUAACUCUGGAUACUAAACUCUUCCCCCAAGUGCUGUGACUCCGAAGUGGAGCUGCGACCUGAGGUGCACUGCCUAGUAACUGACCCAGCGGCUGGCCACACAAACAAGGGCAGCUCUGAAGAAAGAACAACUUCACCACAUGGCAGCAAGAUGAUCCCAAUUAUGUGUUAAGUGCCUGAACCAAAUCUGAUGUUGCAUAUUAGAUUAACCAGUCCUUGCAUUCAGGCUGCUACAGUCGUGCUAAGCAUCCCAUCAUACAAGUCUUACGGUUCACAUGGGUCUUAGUAACACUGGAGCUCUCUCUCAGUAUUUGCACAUUUUUGCAGUCGAAUUUCUUCUAUUAAUAUUGGAGUGAUAAAGUUUGUAUCAAGAAAUUGUAACAUUUGUGUAUCAUGGAGUCUGAAGGAACCCAGCUGCUGGAGACAAGAGCAGAGCGUAUUGCCAGGUACAAAGCUGAGAGACGACGUGAACUUGCUGAGAAGUACCAUGAGGAAUUCACUUCAAGAAACACUCAAAUAAGUAGAGAGAGUCUGCCAUCUGAAAAGAGCAGCCCUGUAAUUGAAAAACUUGAUCCCUCAGAGGGCUGCAGAAGCCGAUCAGAUUGGCACAGUCUCCACGAAGUCCAGGAAGGCAAAGAUCAGCCAGACAUUCAUUUGUUGCUUGAUGGUGGCAAACACACUAGGACACACGAAAGCCUCCUCCAACUGAAAAACAAUCAAAAUGAGCAACAAGUCACUAUGAGGAAGAACAACUCUUCAUCAGAUGUGAGUGACCUGAAUGACAAGGGAAAUGGAGUGAACAAGAGUGAAGUAAUUGAGCCUGAACAGCCACCUGAAAACAGUGCUCUUAACCUAUCCUAUCCCCUAAACUUGGCUGUGAAACCUGAAGUCAUUGCUCCUCCAAGACGUAGGCACUUUGCUCGACAUGGAGCUAACAGGAAGACAUCAGAAAGGUUCAAGACUCAACCAGUUUCAACAUCGGAGCAGCACGAAUGUACUAAUGGCACUCUUCACUUUGACUCACCUGUAAACUUGCCUGUCAAACCUGAAGUUAUUGCCCCUCCAAGACGUAGGUACUUUAAUCGCCAUGGAGCGGACAGGAAGACAUCAGAAAGGUUUAAGACUCAGCCUGCUUUGUCAUUCGAGCACCAAGAAGAAGAUGAUGGGUCUAAGCUGAGGCUCAAAGAUGAAAAUGUAGAUGUACCGGAGAGUGCAAAGAUUGAUGCUCGAGCAAAGUUGAGUGUUGCUGCAAAGAUGUCGAUGUUCAAAGAACUAGAGAAACGUUCAACCCCCGAGUCUGCUGCCUUUCUCAAGUCACGUCCAACAGAACGUAGAACACGUCGCUUAAAUGAUCGCUGUCGAACACAACCAGUUACCACAGAGGAAGUGGAGGUUGCAAGCGGCCUUCCCAGAGCGCAGCGGCAUUCUUUUCCUCUUGAGAAUCGAAUCAUUGAAGAGGCAAUGAACACUGAAGACCAGGUGGAAACUACAGUCCGGGAAGAUGAAAACUCCAGGCUAAGCUUGAGUGAAAAGUUAGCCCUUUUCAAUAAACUAGCAAAACCAGAGCCUAAACCACAACCAGCAGCAGAUUUAAACGAUGCUAGACGGCGGCAAAAAGGUGCAAGAUAUCGAACUCAGCCCAUCACUGUCACCGAAGUUGAGUUGCUGCAGAAAAAUACAGAUCAUCCCUCAAAUGAAAGCACAGAAGUACCUGGUUGGAGGAAACGAGCUGGUAAGGGAUUUGAAGUGAAGGAAGGCCAGCCAGUACGGGUCCUUCCUGAGCUGGGUGCUCCAUUAGAAAUAAGGAGUGCUACUCAACCACCGGAUGGAGAGAAAGUUGAAAUUAAAAGCAUCCUUAAGAGAAGAUCAGUAACUACAGAUGAUGUUGCAGACACCAAACCUUCAUACGAAACUGAGGAGGCAGUCGAAUCUAAGAGCGUUAGUGAUCUUAUACCUGAAGGGCUUAAACAAGGAGGGACACAGGAACCCAGUGUGGACUCUGGCAGUGUUCCCUGGAGACGAAGUAGGCGACACAAAAAAAAUGAAAAAGGCACUGCUAGCAACUUUCAAACCACUGAUAGUGAAAUGAGUGUGAAUGGUGAAGGUAUGGUUUCAGGAUUGAGGAGCCCAGUACAAGAUGAAAAUAUCUCUGUGGCAUCCAGUGACUUAAAGAUAGAACCCAAGAAGGAUGAAUCAGUAGUACUUGAAUCGACCGCAGCCCCACCAUUAUCUGCACCAUGGAGACACAGUAGGAAGAGGUCCUCAUCAUCUACCUCAGAGGAGCCAUCCAGGAAUGAAGACCCCCUGGUAAUUCAGCACACAACUACUUCUGCUGUGGAGUCCCACAAGGAUGAUCUUAAGCUAACAUCUACAGAAGUUCAAGAAAAGGAUUCGGAAGUAACCGCUGCAAGUGAUUCUCAGUUUUUGCUUGAGGAUGAAACAGAUGAAUUUACAGAAAUGAGUGCAGGAAUUAAAGAAAGAUGUGAGAAGUUGCUGAACAAAGAUGACUGGAAAAAUAAGAGCAACCGAAGGAUCAGUGAUGUGUUCCAAGUGCCGCUGGCUCAGCGCUGCAGUCAGCUGUACGAGGCAGAGAACACCUGGCGCAAGAAGGUAGAUGAGGACAUCAUCAAUGGAGACGAAGACGUCACCUCAUGCUGGGCCCCUGUCUUCGCCUCUGUUUUCAGCCCACUGACUACCACAGAGCAUUUUGUAUCCCAGUCUGAUCAGAAAUCUGGCACUGGUGUGGCAUCCGCUGUGUCCUUGGUUGAGCGAAAACAGCAGAUCUCAGAAAAAGAAGAACAGUGGAAGUUGAAAGGCAAGGGUGCUUUCAAUGACUCUGUGCAGUUUACUGUUGCUGGACGCAUGGCAAAAAAAGGCUUGGUUUCAGAUGUUCCAGGAGGUGCUGAAGAAAUUCCUGUAAUUCCAUGCAGGAAGGGUGAAAUGGUAUCUGUGCAGAAACCUUUGGAAGAAAUUACCAGCAAACCUGACUUAGCCGUGGAAGGCGAUGCACAGCUCGAUAAACUGGAGUCCUUUCUUGACAAGCUCCAUCAUAAAGGGCACCAGGAAGUGUCCAUCACGGUGACUGAGGAAACCAUUAAGGAAGUUGUUCGCCCUGACGACGAGGAGACAUUUGACAAGUUCUACAGGCCUGUGUCUGCUCUGGUGACUUCCAGCCACCUAUCAGUUGAUGAUUUCUCAGUGAUACUGGCUACUGAUAGCCCAAAGUUAACAACUGAAUUGGCUGAGCACAAGCGUUCAGUGAGACCUGUGCGCAGAGUCCAGUCUUCACGUAAUCCCUUGAGGACCCUGGCUGCACGAGAGGACCUCAAACAUGAGUACAUGGAGCAGCGUCUGAAUGUAGCAUCUUUGGAGACAAGGCGCAUACAAGCAGAGAAAAUGUCAAAGCACUCAAACAUGUCGAUAGCAGCAUUGGCAGGCCUUGCAAGCAAGGAAAACUUCAAAAAUGUAAACCUACGAGAUGUUAAGUCGGCUGAACAAGCGUCUGGCAACAGCAGCAUGCCGUACACUAGACUGAUGCUUCUCCAGGUCAAAGGUCGACGACAUGUCCAGACACGACUAGUGGAGCCAAGUACAAGAUCCCUCAACAGCGGGGACUGCUUUCUUUUGGUCACCCCUCAGCAUUGCUUUUUAUGGAUUGGAGAGUUUGCAAAUGUAAUAGAACGAGCCAAGGCUUCUGAAUUAGCCCCCUUUAUUCAGACAAAAAGGGAGCUUGGCUGCAAAGCUUCCCAUGUUGUUACUAUCGAAGAAGGUCUUACCUAUGGAGCCAGCAGAAACAAGGAUUUCUGGAACCUUAUGGGAGGGGAGGCUGAAUAUUCUGGUGCUGGAGAACCUGAGGAAGAUGAAUUGUAUGAAAGUGCUGCCAUUGAAACAAACUGCAUCUACCGUCUCCAGGAAGACAAACUUGUGCCUUAUGAUGAAUUCUGGGGCAAAAUCCCUAGCUGCUCGAUGCUGAAUUCCAAAGAGGUGUUGGUGUUUGAUUUUGGCAGUGAACUGUAUAUCUGGCAUGGAAAAGAGGUUUCUUUGGCUCAAAGGAAAACAGCUGUACAUUUAGGCAAACAGUUAUGGAGUGGGCCAUAUGACUACAGUAACUGCAGGGUGAAUCCGUUAGAUUCCAGCAGGAAAGGCCAGCUUCCACUAAAAGGUGAAGGCCGACCUGAAUGGGCACUGUUUGGCCGGCUAACUGAGCACAAUGAAACCAUUUUAUUCAAGGAGAAGUUUUUAGACUGGGCUGAAUCGAGAACAGACAUGCAAAAAGAUAAAGUAAUGGUUAUGGAGCCAAAGUCAGAGAUGGAGUUCAACCUUAAACCAUAUGAUGCCAAAUUAAUGAUGACUCCGUUUGACGCACCCAAGGGAACAAUCCUAGAAGGCCAGAAUAUACAGAGAGGAUAUGGAAUGAUCGAAUCACUUGAAGGGAGAAGUGCAGAAAUCCAGACUAAUGGGGUGAAUGUUUGGCAUGUCCGUGAGUUUGAUUAUGAAGAAGUCCCUCAGGAGAGUGUCGGACAUUUCCAUGAAGGGGAUACGUAUGUUGUUAAAUGGAGAUACACCGUCUCCAAACUAGUGGGUAAACGUAAGCAGCCUGAUGCGUUAAGCAGUGCUGGACCUGGGCGUGAGAAAUGUGCCUAUUUCUUCUGGCAAGGCUGCCGAUCCAGCGUUAGUGGCAAAGGAGCUUCGGCACUGAUGACCGUGGAGCUUGGCAAGGAAAGCGGUGCUCAGGUACUGGUGUCACAAGGUAAAGAGCCUCCCUGCUUCUUGCAGUUAUUUCAGGGUGGAAUGGUGGUUCAUGCUGGCUGCAGGGAAGAUGACCAAGAAAACAAAACAGGUCCCUGGAGAAUGUUCUGCAUCCGUGGGGAGGUCCCUGUGGAAGGCAGCAUGUUGGAAGUGGAAUGUAGAUGCCGAAGCCUUAGGUCUCGAGCAUCUCUCAUCAUUGUAAAUCCACAAGACGGCCUUGUUUACCUCUGGCAUGGCUGCAAGUCCCAAGGCAAUGUGAAGGAAGUUGGCAGAAAGGCAGCAAACUGUAUUAAAGAACGGUGUCCUCAUGAGCUCGGCUUCACCAGUAGUAGCCUGGUAACAGUCCGUGAAAUGGAUGAAGGCUUAGAGACAACAGAGUUCUGGGCAUGCUUUGGACAGAAGGACCGGAAAGCAUAUGAUUGCAUGCUGAGAGAUCCUGGGAAAUAUAAUUUCACACCUCGUCUGUUCAGACUGAGUGGCUCCUCAGGAGACUUUAUCGCGACAGAACAGCUGAGCCCAGCAUGCAUUGCAAACACUGUAACAGCAAUGCCAUUUCUUCAGGACGAUCUUUAUUCUGCACCACAGCCAGCUCUUUUCCUGGUAGAUAAUCGCUUGGAGGUGUACCUGUGGCAAGGUUUCUGGCCUGAGGGUACAGAAAUUGCUGGAUCAGCACAAACGCGGUGGGAUAUGGAGAGGAAAUGUGCCAUGGAAACAGUGCUGCAAUACUGCAAAGGUGGGAAAUCCAUAUUUUCAGAACACAGCGUAGAACUGUAA